AUGCAGAAACUCAAUUCAUGGCGGACCAACAGCGAUCCUUGCGGAAGCCCUCCUUUUCAAGGAGUCACGUGCGACGGCCACCACCAGCCGGUCGCGCUGCAGUUGAACGGCCUGGGCCUGGCGGGCGAGAUUCCCGUGGAGAUCAACCAGAUCGCGACGCUCACGUUCCUCGACCUGGGACGGAACGCGCUCAGCGGAGUGAUCCCCGACAGCAUCAACAACAUCCUCAGCCUCCAGGUGCUGAACCUGUGCUGCAACCGGCUGGGCGGGCGAAUCCCGGAGCUGAACCUGGUGACAAACCUCUUCUCGCUGGACCUCAGCCGCAACCAGCUCACCGACUCCAUUCCCGCCUCCCUCGGCCUCCUCACCAAGGCACGCCCUUCUCCCCCCCCCCCUUUCCGUGUCCUUGCACCCAUGUAUCAAUGCCUUGCGACGAUGCCCUGCGACAAUGCCCUGCGACAAUGGCCUGCGACACUGCCCUCAAUGCCCCCAAUGUCUCCAAUGUCUCCAAUUCAAUCCCCUGGUGCGCCCGUGCAGCUCAAGGUGCUGGAGCUCAACAACAACGAGCUCGCGGGUUCGAUUCCUGACGCCGUCGGCAAUCUGAAGCUGCUGCAGGACGUGUCGCUGGCGGAGAACAGCCUCACGGGGCGCGUGCCCAAGGGGCUCGACUACCUGCGCGCCAGCCGCACCGCGCGCUUCUCUCCAAAACGGCCUGGGUUUCUGCGGCGGUACCCGAUUCGACAGACGCCCAAUGAGUCGAUUGGGAGUGGGGAUGCUAUACGAGUCGGGGACAGAGGGUGGGAUGAUGCCAGCAAGGGCGGCUCUCUCAUGGGCGCGACCGCAAUGCACGCUCACAACGGCAGCGGCGCGACUCGUGUAGCUGCGCCUGCUGCGCCUUCUGCUGCCUCGUCAGCUGCCACGUCGGCUGCCACGUCGGCUGCAAUGCCUGCUGCAAUGUCUGCUGCGUUUGCAGCAGCGGCUGCAGCAGCGAGCAGGGGACGAGGUGGGGGGCAGUCAGCAGCAGCGGUGUCUGCAACCACUGCUGCGUCUGCUGCGUCUGCUGCGUCUGCUGCGUCUGGAGCGAGCAGUGAGAGGGAUUCAGACACGGAGGAGAUCGAGAUGGAGGAGAGCGGGGGGUACAGGGGAGUGGCUGCAGCAGCGCCGGCUGUGACCAGUGCUGCAGCAGCGGGUAAGGGGUUGCUAGGGGACAGCCCUCGCAAGCCAGGGGCAGGGCCAGGCGGAUCCGGAGCAGGUGCAUCUGGGGUAGGUGGUGGUGCUGGUGCGGGGUCAUCUGGCGUGCGCGUGGGGGUGUAUGGGCCUGCUGGGAGGUCGCUGCGAGUGACAGACCUGCAUGCUGCAGAGGGGGAACGCGGGGAGGAGGAGGAGGAGAGCAGCGUUACGAGUGACAGCAGUGAUAGCGAUUACCCCAUUGAUGGUGACGAGGCAGCAGGGCACGGAUUGGAGCGGUUCUUCACGCUUGCUGAGCUGGCGCUGGCGACGAACGACUUCGGGCGGCAGAGUGAGCGCAGCGUGCUGGGCAGCGGGCGGCACGGCACUGUUUACCGCGCGCGGUUACCCGAAGGGACCACGGUGGCAGUGAAACGACUGAGUGACAGAAAUCUGGAGCAGUCCCCUCGAGAGUUCAAGUUCGAGGUCGACUCGCUAGCCCAGGCCAAGCACCCGAAUCUAGCGGCCGUGCUGGGGUGCUGUGUGGAGGGCGACGAGCGCAUGCUGGUAUACGAGUACCUGCCCAACGGGUCGCUGGACGCGUGGCUCUACCAGACGGCUGCUGGGGGGUCCGCGGAUACUCUCGACUGGCCCAUGCGCAUGCACGUGGCUAUCGGCUUGGCCCACCUGCACGGCGGCAUGGCGGUGAAGGUGGUUCACAGGGACGUGAAGGCCAGCAACGUGCUGCUGGACGCGCAGUGGAACGCCAAGCUCGGGGACUUUGCACUCGCCAAGGCCAUGGGGCGGGAUCAAGGGCACGUGGGCACUCGAGUCAUGGGAACCUUCGGCUACGUGGCGCCCGAGUACAUGAACACAGGGCUGCUCACAGAGCGCAGUGACGUGUACAGCUUUGGCGUGCUGCUGCUCGAACUCAUCUCCGGCCGCCCGCCCAUCGACAAUGAGGCGCCCUCCGACCAGGUUGACUUGGUGCGGUGGGUGCGCGCCAAGGCAGCAGAGGAGCGGCUGCUGGAGGUCCUGGACCCGCGCUUGCAGGGCACGGUGCAGGCAGACGACGUGGAGUAUGCCCUGGGCGUGGCGCUGCGAUGCGUGGAGCCCAACGCGCUCAAGCGCCCCAAGAUGCCUCAGAUCGUGCACAUGCUGGAGAGCGAGGACCCCAAGCAGAGGGACGACUGGGUGGCGAGGAGGCCAAGCCCAUCCAGUGCGCGCUCGCUCGCCUACCGCGACCCCUCCCCCCGCGCCACCUUCCGCCUCUGCGACUCCUCUCCCCGCACCCACCCCCCUCGCGACUCCUCCCCCCACACCACCACCCGAGAGCCCUCCCCCCGCGCCCCUUAUUUCCGAGAUCCCAGCCCCCGCGGCUACCCUGCCUCUGCCUCUGUUCCCGGGAGGACUGGCGGUGGGGAUGGAAUGGAGCUUCCUCUUCCUGGCGCAUUGCUUGAGUCAAGCAGUGAAUGA